AUGGAUCAAAGAAACAAGACCAUUGUCACUGAGUUCAUUCUUCUAGGAUUUCAGAACAGGAAAGAAGUAGAAAUUCUUCUUUUUUCUGCAUUCCUGCUUAUGUACAUGACAUCUCUGAUUGGCAACACCAUGAUUAUCCUUUUGGUGUGUGGUGACUACCGUCUGCACUCACCCAUGUACUUCUUUGUAGCCAAUCUUUCUUUCCUUGAGAUUGCAAUUACCUCCACAGUGGUGCCUAAGAUGUUAGCAAACACAUUUUCCCUCACCAAAGCAAUAUCCUUUGUGGGAUGUCUUACACAGUCUUUCUUCUACUUUCUCUUGGGAUCCACAGAAUUCUUCAUCUUGGCUGUUAUGUCCUUUGAUCGAUAUGUUGCCAUUUGCCACCCACUGAGGUAUGCCAUCAUCAUGAACAAAGAAACAUGCAUAUCAUUGCUUCUGGGAUCUUAUGUAGGUGCAUUUUUGUCAAUUUUGGCCUCAUCAAUAUUAACUGCCUCUCUGCCUUUUUGUGGGCCAAAUGUAAUUAAUCACUUCUUCUGUGACAGUGCUCCUGUGCUAAAGUUGGUCUGUGCAGAUAUCUCUCUGGCUGAGCUGGCUGACUUUGUCUCCUCUGCUGUGUUACUCUUGGGUUCCUUGCUCCUGACAGGAGUGUCUUACACAUAUAUUAUUAUUACUAUCUUUAGAAUUCCCUCUGUCCAGGGACGGCAGAAAGCUUUCUCCACCUGUGUUUCACAUAUCACCGUAGUAACACUUUACUAUGGAAGCUCCAUCUUCAUCUAUGUCCGCCCACAAAAGGGUAAUGUGAUGGAUGUUAACAAAUUUGCCACAGUGCUGAAUACCAUUGUGACACCAAUGUUGAAUCCUUUCAUCUACAGUCUUCGAAAUGAGAAAGUGAAAGAUUCCCUGAGAGAUGGUGUCUAUAAAUAUGUGAUUAUGCUAACAAAUCUUUAA